UAGUUACAGUUUGAGCGUGCCGCGUGUCAGUGCAUAUUUGUUAGAGCUUAAAUAGAAAUUAAAUUAAAAUACAAUGCGUCUUUUGGGUAAUAAGCAUGAAAGUAGUUCCGAGGACGAGGAAAGCGAUGAAGAAAUGAUCGAAGACGAAUCGACCGAGGAAUCAGAGGAGUCCGAUGACGAGGAGCCUGUGAAGAGCGAGCAUCCAUUCACGGCUGACUCGCAGUCGAACGAUGAGGAUACCGAAGAGGAUGAUGGCGAUCAUCCGUAUCCCACACCACCUCCAGAUGCGGAUGUGACUAUUUCGCUGGGCAACGGUGUUAAAAAGAUUAUAAUCAAAGACUCCAAGCCGAAGAUGGUAAAGGAAACAAAAAUCAAUAUGGCGGGACCAAAGAAAACCAAGCCCACAGUCGAGACCAAGAAGGAGACAGCGCCUGCUCCGACAACCGUGAAAGCUUUAAGCAGUCCCUCCGGCUCAUUAGAGCCGCUUGAGCUGAAUGUGGCCAAGAAGGGGACUAUACUGGCGAACUCUCUGGUAGCCAUUAGGGCAUUGAACAGUCGCUCUGGCUCUUCGGUGCCAGCCAUAAUUAAGUACAUGAAGUCCACCGGCUACGAGGUGACCGAUACCCGGCGCAUGUCCAAGUCUGUGCAAAAGGCGCUCAAAAUUGCCGUCGCCAAGGGCGAAGUGGAGCAAGUGAGGCGCUCGUUUAAGCUGUCGCCGGCGGCCAAGCUUGCCUCCAAGGCUGAGCAAAACAUGAAGGCCAAAAAGCAAAAGAAGUUGGCCAAGCAGAAAGAACCCAAAACAGCGACCAAGACAGAGGGAAUGGCGCAGGAGAAGAUCGAAAAGGCCAAGGCUCCGCCAGCUGCUCAGGAGAAGGCGGAAAAGCCGAUGCAGCGCAAAAAGAAGGCGUCGGAGCGUCAAACAAAUGAGCCACCCAAGAAGAAGGCCAAUGCCAAGGUGGCCGGCGCUGCGGGCAAAGCCAAAGCCGCUCAGGCCGCACUCGAGGAGGAGUCCAACAAGCCCAAGCCCAAAGCUAAGCCAGCGAAGAAUGCCGUAGUCAGUCCGGAUGUAACGCCGACCAGCGAAGUCACGUCUGCAACGGCCAAGUCGAAGGUGCCGCGCAAGUCGAUCGGAACUCUGGCGCAGACCACGGCCAGGCCGAAGCUGCAGACCAAAUCUAUCAAGAAGCUGGUGUCGGGCAAAAGGAACGUCGAUGAGGUCGACUCCGGCCUAAUGGAUUCGGCGCCAAAUGAUGCUUCCACGCCGGUCGCACCAGUCAAACAAAAGCGCACGGGCCGACAGAUAAAGUGAAUCCGGGCAAAUCGAGUAUCAAAUUUUAUUUAUUUUAAGUUAACUCUCGUUUUCUUUUUGUAUUAAAUGUUUUAUACGUUCUUACUUUUAAGUUUUGAGUCUUUGUGGUCUUUUAUCGUUUAUCAAUAUAUUAAUGCUCAUUUGUAAUCCGACUCGAAGAAUA